CUGCUAAUAUUUUGAUAUCUUAUCUGCUGUUUUUUUGCACUCUUUCUUAGAAAAUCUUACCCCUUUAGUAGAUCUUAGCCUCUGGUGUUCAAAUGCCAUAGCCAAUUUCUGUUGUCUGCUGGAUCUUGGAUUAACUAUCCUCUUAGGAAACUGACACGGCCUAACAGGGUCCUUUCAGUGGCCCUAUUAAGAAGCUUACAGUAGGAGGCUUUUUACUAUUUUGAAAACACAUUCGGCCUGCACUCUAACUAAACAUGUCUCCAUGUGCACACCCAGUCCGUCAAAACCUGUUUAGCAGUCAUAAUAACACCGUCUCCUUGCCCCUCCCUAAUGUGACUGUAGUUAAAAACAAGUAAACCCGCAAUGCAAACAUACCCACACACAUUUGCGUGCUUACACGCUUUUCCUCUUUCCCUCCUUCAUACUUUCGUUCCACUUUCUGACUAGGACUUAAGUGUAAACUCAUGUUUUGAAUUGGUCCUGUCGGAUUACAACCAAGCCUUCGAUUUAAACCCUCCUCGUUGACAGACUGGGCGCAUAAGGGCAGGUUGGAGAUCCAUUUAGCGGAUAGUCUCUUAAUCUCCACGACAGGUCCACACAGAUGGUCACAGCUGUACCAAAGACUGUAGGCCCGAUGUCACUCUUACAAUGAAUCUUGAGGCCUUCCAUUUAUUCUCGUCAUCUAUGGCACCAUCCAGCGAAUCUUAGACAUGUGCGAGUGUUUUGCUGUGCUGGAGGAUGGAGUGUUGGCACACAACCUGCAGGAACAGGAGAUCGAGCAAUACUAUACCACCAACAUCCAGAAGAACCAGCUAGUGCAGAAUGACAUCCGUGUAGCGAAAAGGCUGCAGGAUGAAGAGGAAGAGGAGCAGGCCCAGCAGAGCACCCUCCUCAGACAGGCCUCCAGACAACUAGAGGAGGAAGACUUUGAGUAUGCCCGUGUAAUUCAGGAGGAGAUCCAGCGUUGUGCCGAGGAGUCCCGGAGGAGGGAGCAGGAAGAUGAGGAAAUAGCUAAACGAAUGCAGGAAGAGGAGGAGCAGAGAAUCAUGAGGAGGAGCCAUAGUGAAGGCAGCGCCAGCGAUCCUGCACUGCCAUCCCCACACCAGCACACAUUCAGCAGCAGCCUUCACCAACGAGAGGAGCAGUACCCUUCUACCACCACCAGGUGGCAAUGGCCUACUUCUCACAACCAUUCAGACUUAACAAGGCCUCAGGCUGACUCCCCCAGGGGGGUAGCAGCUCAGAGAAACACAAGUGCAUGGUCAAAUCAAGGACACACAGAUUCCAUAAAGGAAAUCAGGAGUGAAUUGGGAGAGCGUUUGAGUGAGGAUUCAGAGGACUCGGACACAGUUUUCUCUGAACAACUCUCUGUCAGGUCCCAGAGACUGAAUGAAAGACUUAAAAUAGCACCCCCUCGACGCCAGGCAUCUUUACAUCAGCCGCAAGUAAGAAACUACAGAAGUGUUAGCUCUCGCAGCAGCUUUACAGAGGAGGAGAGAGGCGAGUGGAAUGAGGACUUUUAUGAAAAUAGUGACCUAGAGAGGAGUAAGCCUAGGAAUUGGGAUCAGGAAAGGAACCAUGGAGAGGAGUACCAGGGUUUGCACAGGAGCAGAGAUCAGGAUAGAGACCAUAGGUUAGUUGAAGUAAGAGAAAGGCGAUGUAGUCGCAGUGAAUCUGUCAGGCUACCUGACAGGAAUAAACACAGCAACAGAGACUUGGCGAGGACCUGGAGCUAUAAGGACAACCCCGACAAGCAUGUCCAUUUUCAGGACAACACCAGGAGCUCUAACAGGCAGCAGGGGGAAACCACACGAGUCUGGGAGAUGCUGGGCCAGGUCCUCAGAGAGAGGGGCGUGCCUGUGAGGUUUGGCGUCAACGGGGCGCCACUACAAAUAAGGCCUCAAAGCAGAGACAGCCAGGUGCUUCAUGGGAGUGAGGUCUCCUGCAGCGACUCCCAACCACAUCAGAGAGUCUUCCAGAGAGCUGCCACCACCAGGCACAGUUUCCAUGGAGAUAUCAGGGAGAGGAGGAGACUGUCAUACCAAGAGAACAGUAGGAGAGAUCACAGAGAAGAUGGAAACGGACACCGUCAUAAUGUGGAGCGUGAUGGCAAGGUUUAUGAGAUUAAUAGAGACUUUCAUCUUGCUAACGGAGAUAGGGGAGGCAGUAGAAGGUGGAGAGGGCACAGGUACUUUAACGAUGACGAGAGGGAGAGGAAUGCAAAUGAUUGCAGGGUCAAGAGAACAACAAGCGAACGCAGGCAUUGGCACAAGACCAUAGAAGAAAGAUUAAGCUCAGAGGAGGAGCAGGAGGCGGAGAGGAGAGUAGAGCAGCCCCAUCGAAAAGCCCCACAGCAUAGCCAAAGACUCAGCAGCAGAAGCAGCAGGGCUUCAUCCAGGGAUAGGUCAAGGCACCUGGCAGCAGGAGCGUCGCUGCAACCACAGCCAGGCGAGACAAGCCUGGACCUGGGGGAGCUGCGGCAGGUCCUGCAGGAUGAAGAACUGGCUCACAAGCUGCAGGAGGAAGAGGAAAAGCUGUUGAGGAGGAACUCUCAGCCCUCGCCAUGCAGUUCUUACCCAGAGGGAGACUUCAGAGUAGCACAAGUGGCGCAGGAUGAGGAAAUUGCACGCUUUAUGCAGAAGCAGGAAAUUAAGUCAAAGCGAAGAUCUCGUGAGCUAGAAGGGCCGGCAUCGUGGCGCGAGCACAGAGCGAUGAUCAGUCAUCAUGACCGACGGGCUGCACGAGACCAACCGGUCCAACGAGAGAGGCUCGACUCAGAGGGUCUUCCUUCCCCCACUGAGGAGUGCUCCCCAGAGAACCAGCCACCCAGCCCCUUCUCCACUACACCACAAGCCCAGCAGAUCAGAAACAUUGCGGAGGAGCUGGACCCGACCUUCCAGGCCAGAAGGGAAAGCACAGAGAGCCUCCGAGUGGGACAAGCAGGUCCAACCUGUGAGACACUUCCCAUGCCACAUUCUGGCUUACAUGACUUACUCGAGGAGCCUACUUUCAUCCCACCCACAAAACGGCAAAAGGACAAAUCGGGACGCACUAAACUCAAAGAGAAGAAGGAAAAUUGCAAGCAACAAUAAUUUUCCACACAUUGUGCUGUUGGAGUGCAUCACAUCUAUAUAUUUUAUAACACUAAAUAUAAGUUCAGCUACAGAGCUCUUAUUAGUUUAAGAUUACAAGAAUAUAGUUCUCUCUACCAGCCACCCCUACUAGCACUUUAGACCAGUGGAACACAGAGAGAAUUGAGAGAAGUGAUAUUUCUUGAUUAAGUGAAUAAUGACAACACUUUGGACUCAUGCCUUUUUAUAAUUUUCAAAGGGAAAAAUUAGGUUUAUUGAAGUUUUGUUUGAAAUCUUCAUUGUUAAUGAGUGUUUAAUUUAAACAGUAUACCUUUUUAUUAUAUUUGUAACUUUUUGUUUGUUUUUAUUUAGUUGAUGUGUCAAGAGUCCAUCCAUUAUCUAUAAUCGCUUCAUGUUAUUUCAUUUGACAUUUUGGAUGCUCUCUGGUGGUGCAGUGGUUGGCACUGAUGCUCCACAGCAGUAAAACCAAAGCUGUCUAGUGGGACAAUCAAAAAUGUCAAACGACAAAACAAAAAGUUACUU